CUCACGGCCCGCCCGCCCCGCCUGGCGCCGCCCGCGAGCAGGCACCUGGUGUGUGCUCAGUGACUCCGUGCUCCGUGUCCCCGCCGGCAGCCGCUCGGUGUUCCCGGUGCCGCCCUCCCGGGAUGUCCCUGGAUGUCACCUUCCUGGGCACGGGCGCGGGCUUCCCGUGCCCGUCCCGCGGGGCCUCGGCGCUGGUGCUGCGCAGGGCAGGGCAGUGCUGGCUCUUCGACUGCGGCGAGGGGACGCAGACACAGCUCAUGAAGAGCCACCUGCGAGCAGCCAAAAUUACCAAGAUUUUCAUCACUCACCUUCACGGCGACCACAUUUUUGGACUUCCUGGGCUGCUGUGCACGCUCAGCCUGCAGAGGAGCCCUGAUGCCAGCGUGGUACCCAUUGAUAUUUACGGGCCCCUGGGACUGCGGAGCUUCCUCUGGAGGAGCCUGGAGCUGUCCCACUCCCAGCCCCUGCUGCCCUACGCCGUGCACGAGCUGGUGCCCACGCAGGACCAGUGCCCCGCAGGUGAAUUCCGGGACUUUUCUGGCCUGGACCGAGGCGAGGCGCUUGCCCAGGCGCCUCCAGGGACAGUUCUGCACCUGGAUGCAGAAACAGACUCGUACUUGCUGCUGGAGGAUGAGGAGCUGUCUGUGAGGGCGUUCCGCCUCUUCCACCGCGUGCCCUCCUUCGGCUUCGUGCUGGAAGAGAAGCCCCGGCCUGGGAAGCUCAAAGUGCACAUACUGCAAGAGCUUGGAGUCCCGCCCGGCCCCUUGUACGGGGAGCUGAAGCGCGGCCGUGCCGUGGAGCUGAGCAGCGGCGUGCGGGUGCAGCCCCGGGACGUGCUGUCCCUGCCCGUGCCCGGCAGGAAGGUCUGCGUGCUGGGCGACUGCUCGGGGCCCGUGGGGCCGGGCGCCCGGCAGCUCUGCGGGCAGGCUGACCUGCUGGUGCACGAGGCCACGCUGGAGGACGGCCAGCAGGACACGGCGCGCCAGCGCGGGCACAGCACGCCCGGCCAGGCCGCGCGCUUCGCCCUGGACUGCCGCGCCGCGAGGCUGGUGCUGACCCACUUCAGCCAGCGGUACCGGCCCGACGGCGACGGCCGCUGUGACAUCGGCACCCUCAGGACGGAGGCCGAGGCGGCGAUGGGGGGCCGGGAGGUGACGCUGGCCGAGGACUUCAUGACCAUCGAGGUCCCCAUGAAAAACCAAAACGAGGGCUUGGUGACCACAGAGGUCCCGAUGAAACAGUGAGAACUGAGGACUUCAUGACAUCCUAGUGAAAAACUGAAAAACAAGGACUUCAUCAUGAGAUCCCAAUGAAAAACUGAAAACCAAGGACUUCAUCAUGAGAUCCCAAUGAAAAACUGAAAAACAAGGACUUCAUCAUGAGAUCCCAGUGAAAAACUGAAAAACAAGGACUUCAUCAUGAGAUCCCAAUGAAACAGUGAAAACCAAGGACUUCAUCAUGAGAUCCCAAUGAAACAGUGAAAAACAAGGACUUCAUCAUGAGAUCCCAAUGAAACAGUGAAAAACAAGGACUUCAUCAUGAGAUCCCAAUGAAACAGUGAAAAACGAGGACUUUGUGACCACAGAGAUCUCAAUGAAAGAGUGAAAAAUGAGGACUUAAUAAUGAGAUCCCAAUGAAACAGCAAAAACCAAGGACUUCGUUAUGAGAUCCCAAUGAAACAGUGAAAAACAAGGGCUUCAUCAUGAGAUCCCAAUGAAAAACAGAAAAACAAGGACUUCACCGUGAGAUCCCAAUGAAAGAGUGAAAACCAAGGACUUUGUGACCACAGAGAUCUCAAUGAAACAGUGAAAAACGAAGAUUUCAUCAUGAGAUCCCAAUGAAAAACUGAAAAACAAGGACAUCAUCAUGAGGUCCCAAUGAAACAGUGAAAAACAAGGGCUUCAUGACCACAGAAAUCUCAGUGAAAAAGUGAAAACUCAGGACUUCAAGACAAUAUUCCAAUGAAAAAGUGAAAAGAAAAGGCUUUGUGACAAUAGAGAUCCAGAUUAAAAAGUGAAAACUCAGGAUUUGUGACCACGGAAAUCCCAAUGAAACAGUGAAAACCGAGGACUUUGUGACUAUAGAGAUGCCAUUUAAACAGUGAAACAUGAGGACUUUGUGACCACAGAGUGGGUGUGACUGGGGGCAUUGCUGGGCUCAGGUGCAGGAGCCCUUCUCAUUCCACACCUGCAGAUGAAGUUUCCUCAUAAAUAAAUAGAGUUUAGAUUCCUGUCAGAGGGGAGUUUGCAGUUUGAUCCAUUCAAAGCUCUGGAGCAUCAGCGCUGCGUUUUCACAGCCAGUAACGUUUGAGAAGCACGCUCUGGAAGUCUCCAGGCAGUGGCAAGUACUCCUCAUUAAACUGUCCCUCCAAAUGCACUUAAAGGAUGAAUUACCCUGAUAGAGGCACACUUGUGUCUGCAGAAAUGCCCCUGUGUGGGGAAACGUCACCUGCACGUGCUCAGCCUGUUCCUGCAGUGACUUUAUUCCUCCCUUGAAGGCACACACAGAGCCUGCUGCUAUCUCCUGUCCUCCCCACCUCACACUAGAAGCUGGGGUUUCCCAAAUGGUGGCUGAAUUUGCUGACCUGAAGCUGUGAGGAAUUCUGAAUUGAGACAGGAAUUAUUUUUGAUGAUGUGGUUUAUUUUUUUAUCUUUUACGUAAGUAGGAAAGGUGAGUUCAGCUCAUAUCUUCAUAGCAUAGCUCAGAAGGUCACAAGACUUCUGGUUGCAAAACCUUGUAAAGCUAAUAAAUUUUUAGCUAAUAAAAUACUGUCA